GUCAGGUGCUGAUAGAGCAGUUCAGCAAAAUAACCUGGGGAAAGUUUUAUUCCAUUUAGCAUACAAUUUAAGACUCGAUUUGUAUUGUGGACACUUAUGAAUGGCGAUUGCUAAUAAUAUCUGAUUGUUUAUGCACAUUUGUACGAACGGCACAAAAGAGUGCGGCGUGCCACUGAUAACGUCUGGUGUCAUCGUGUGUAGAUUAUCUGACAGUCCUUUGACAGCGUGAACAGCUGUAAUUUUACUGAUACUGACAAUUUAUCGAUCAUUGCUAGUUGUGGCAAGAUAUUUGCCGUAUGCUUUAGGUGGGCGUCGCGUCUGUGAGUUCUCCAUUAAUGUGAAUUACAUUAAGUGUUCGGGUUACAACAUAAUCAUGACGCUCAUGGAAUUUUUUGGUUGUACAUUUUUGGCUUUUGGACCUCCAUUUGCCAUGUUUACCUUCACCAUAGCCAAAGAUCCUAUUAGAAUUAUAAUCUUAAUAGCAAGUGCCUUCUUCUGGUUGUUAUCAUUACUGCUAUCCUCAUUGUUAUGGUUCUCCGUGGUACCAUUAAAAAAUACAUUAGCAUUUGGUUUAGUGUUUUCUGUCUUAUUUCAAGAAUUAUUUCGCUUCCUGAUUUAUAAACUGUUGAGGAAAGCUGAAGGUGGUCUGAAGAAAGUAACUGAUGCAAAUACAGAGAUUUCAAACAACAAGCACAUUUUAGCUUAUGUGUCAGGUCUGGGGUUUGGUGUAAUGAGUGGUGCAUUUGCUUUAGUAAAUGUACUUGCUGAUGCUGUGGGUCCAGGGACCAUGGGACUAGAUGGUAGUUCUGACCUCUUUUUUAUCACCUCAGCUGCUACCACUCUUUGCUUCAUACUGCUUCACACAUUCUGGGGUGUGAUAAUGUUUGUUGGCCUUGACAAUAGAAAUUAUGCUCUCAUCAUAUGGGUUGUGGGAUCUCAUAUGACUGCUUCGUGCCUUACAUUAUUGAACCGGAAGUUUUAUUAUGAAUUCAGUCUUCUUUUGAUCUACAUCAUUAUGGUUGCAACAGCUCUAAUUGCGUAUUUUGUUGCUGGUGGGACCUUCAGGAGUUUCAAAGCCAGCCUUCUGUGUAAGCAAAGCUUUGUUGUUUCUGAAUAAUCGCAUUAAUUUAAUGUGUACAUGAAGAAGCACUAAAUUCGACAAUAUGUACAACAAUCACAGGAACUGACUUAUUUGACCAAUAAAUAUGAUUUUGUUCAAUCUGUAACCUGCAAGAUAUGUUUUAGUUAACCAAUUUUUCUACUGAGUGUGCUCUCUUUCGAUAUAUAUUUUGCCGCACAGUAUCAAGCUCUUUAAAAAUUCUUUGAAUGGACUGAAGAUUAUAAGUGUGUCAUUUUGAGAUGAAUUAGCUAGUAAUUUAUUUCCACGAUUACAGGAAAGGUAAAAUGCAUGGUAGUGUGUGGCAACUGCAUUUAUGAUUUUUUAAAUUGCUUAAUGUACAUAGUUCUAUUAAAAAAUAAUAUAAUUUAAUACAAAUUAAUUUAAGUAACAGAUAUUUUCUUUUCUGUUUGUGAAGAAAUAUUAAUUGAGAAUUAAUAACAUUAAUAUUUAUAUUAAAUGGAUUUCAUCUGUACAGAUAAUUUUUAUUUAAUGUUGUAAUGAAAAGAUAAUUUGUAUCAUAGUUGCAGGUUUGUUUUUGUAAUUUUCAAGCUACUGUAAGUGGCAGAAAAGCAUUAGUCUCCUGGCAUAUCAGGGGCAGUUGUGUUCAAUUGUAUGUACUGAAUGUUAAGAUUGAAUUAAUUAUUUAUAUACAUACUGUUAUUUCUGUUACUUGCCUGAAAGUGUCUGUGAUUUUUGUAUGUAAUGUAAUCAGUGGUGAGGCAUCUGGUCAGCAAUAGAUGCACUGAUAACCAAAUAAAAUUACGAAAAUAAUACAUUUUCAAUAUUUUAGAGAAGAAUUGAACAUAUGGGGAAAAUUUUCAGAUAUUUUAAUGGUAAUCAUAAAAGAAACAGCUGAAAAAUGGAUAUGAAACAACUAGUAGGAUGUAAGCACUCCAGUCAUCCCUGUUUUUGUAUAAUCUUGGCUUUUCCCAGCCAUUGGUGAAAUGUGCCAUUACAACGUAGUAUGAAAUUGUGACAGUAUUGUUUGUGGUGUUUUUAGUUUUUUUGAUUGUCAUGCAUUGUGAAGGGAAAUUAAGACAUCAUAGUUUAGCUGAAACAAAAACUCUUUGGUUUACAUAAAAUUGAAGCUUUUGAUUGAAUGGAAAUUCUUGCUUUUGAUCAUGGAAUGAAGAAUUUUUCUGAUUGUUUGCUGAUUUGGAAUAAAAAAUUAUUUUUGAACUGGUGGGACUUUGAAAAAAAUGAACUGAUUUUUUAAAAAUAAAAUUGCAACAUUUCGAGACAAAUCUCCAGGGAAACUUAAAUUUUUGGAAAAAGAAAAUUUUGACUGCAUAUUUGUGGAAAUUUUCCAUUUAUCUAAAUUAAUACGCAUGGUAUUAUCUCCACCAGCAGAGAAAGGGGUUUUUCUGCUUUAAAAAAAGUAUAUAAUUAGAAAAGAAACAUAAGGAGAACAGUGAAUAUGAAACUUGUCCAAUGUAAUUAUUGAAAAAGAACUCUGAGAAUCCAUAGAAAGAAAGAAGAUUCAAAAAUUUCCCACUUCAACAGGAUGACUUGACUCAUAUAAAGCAAUGAUAACCAAAUUCUAAACGAAUUUUAAAAUAAUUAUUUCAUUUCACAUUUAUUGGAUGGAAUGUAUUUCAGUUUUGCCAUCAUAC